AUGGCAGAAAAGGAAGGAGGAGUUGUGAAGAAGGGUCACGAGGAAGGCCUAAAACUCGCGGCUUCGCUGCUGCAAGAAUUCGAGCUUCCGGAGGGGCUUCUCCCUCUGGCCGAUGUCAUCGAAGUAGGGUACGUGAAGGGCACGGGAUACAUGUGGAUAGUGCAGAAGAAGAAGGUGGAGCAUGAGUUCAAGUUGAUAAGCAAGUUGGUGAGCUAUGACACUGAGAUAAAAGGGUAUAUUUCUAAGAAGAAGAUAAAGAAGUUGAAGGGUGUGAAGGCCAAAGAGCUCAUGCUGUGGCCACCAGUGAGUGAGAUCACUGUGGAUGACCCUCCAACUGGGAAGAUUAACUUCAAGAGUCUUGCUGGUAUCACCAAGACUUUCCCUGUUGAGGCAUUUGCUGCUGGCCAGUGA